GUACAGUGUACACCACUGAGGGUUUCUCUUCUCCUUGUCACUUAAGUCUUGAACCCCUUCCCCGUCUCUCUCUCCCCCUCUAUACAGCAGUAUACACGUCCCGGGAGCCGCUUCUUGCAACAAAGAAAGCGGCUUUCCGAUUCCUUCUCAUCAGGCCCCGCCGAUUCGAUCCGCGUUUCAGAGUUGUUUUAUUCUAGGGUGAAUUCGGUUUUUGAAGACUGAAUGGCUGGCGAAAAGAUAAUCGAGAAACCUGAGCCUGGGGCUACAGGGUUGAAGUUGGAAUCUGUUACUGAUUUGGGUGAGCUAGAAGUGGCUAGUGGAAAAGAUGAGAUAUUGUCUAAGUCAACCUCCUCUAUUCCCUCUUUAGCGAAUGCUAACUCUAGCACCAAAGGUGAGACUGAUCACGAGUCAGUUGGAGAGCAGGGUGUUUACCAUCCACCUACUAGCUGUUACAAUUAUUAUUACCCAGGAUCUAAUGGAUCAUUUACCCAGUCAAAUGAUAGUUAUAAUCUUCAUGCAGAUGGUUCUCACACAGGUGUACAAUCUGAAAAUGGUUCAUUGGUCUAUUAUCUGCCUGGCUAUAACCCAUAUACUUCUGGGACGCUUGUGGGUGCUGAUGGCCAGUGUGCUGGUCAGCAACAAUAUUUUCCUUCCUCAGGAUAUCUUCAGCCACCUGUUUCCUAUGCAUCUGAAGCUGUGCCUUGCUAUUCAUGGGACCUGACAUUUGUUGGGGAUCUUCCAAAUGUAACUGCUGCUGGUUUUGCAAAUGCAAAAUGUGCUCCAGGUUCUACUGCUUUUGCUAAGUCUAAUGGGUUCUACUCUAUGAAAACAAAUAGCAACCCUGCUAGCAAAUUUCCAAAGUCUACUGCUCAUGCACAACCCAUCAGAACUAUAAACAAGGUGCCUCGUGUGGGUUCUGACUUCUCAAGAGGCCUUUUGAAGGAUUACCACCCAAUAGGAAAAUUUUCCCCUUUUACUUACCAAAAACAAGGUCUGUUACCUCAUGAUGGUCAAGCGAACUACAGACAGAGUGGGAGAGUAUGGAAUUUAAACGAUAGAUAUAAGUCAAGUGACAAAUACAACAGGAAUGUAGACUUUGAAACCUUAAUUGAGGUAACUCGUGGUCCUAGGGCUUAUGCCAAGACUGCUCCUUUAGGUUCAAGUUCAACAAAUGAGAAAGAAGAGUUGGGGUUCUCUGUUCGUAGGGAUCGAUACAACCUUCAAGAUUUUCAAACUGAUUAUGAAACUGCAAAGUUCUACAUCAUCAAGUCCUAUAGUGAAGAUGAUAUUCAUAAGAGCAUCAAAUAUGAUGUUUGGUCCAGUACACCAAAUGGUAAUAAGAAGCUAGAUGCAGUAUUCCGUGGUGUUGAAGGAAAAGCCAGUGAGAAAAGCAGCAGGUGUCCAGUCUUCCUUUUCUUCUCGGUUAAUGGAAGUGGACAGUUUUUGGGCAUUGCUGAGAUGGUUGGGCAGGUUGACUUUAAUAAAGACAUGGAAUUUUGGCAACUUGACAAGUGGAAUGGGUUCUUCCCAGUGAAAUGGCAUAUAAUAAAAGAUGUUCCUAACAGUCAAUUGCGGCACAUUAUCCUUGAAAACAAUGAUAAUCGUCCUGUAACUUUUACGCGGGACACUCAAGAGAUUGGACUCAAGCAAGGUUUGGAAAUGCUUAGUAUUUUUAAGAGCUACGCAGCAAAAACAUCUUUGCUCGAUGAUUUUAACUUCUAUGAAAAUCGAGCGAAGUCUAUUCAUUCCCAAAGCAUUAAGCCUUCAUCUCAGCAAAAUGAAAUGUACAGCAACGGAGAUAUACCUAACCUUAAAACGGGAGAAAGGAAUAUUGAGGUGGAAUGUGGGGGCACCAAGAGAAGUACUGAUCCCAGUUGUCUUGUCAAUCGCACUAAAAAUCUCUCCCUCAAUGACUCUCCUCAAAAGAGUAAUUCUGUAAAGAGUCCUUCUAUAGUGAAUUUAAUUCCUUCGGCAUUUUAGAGUUUUCAGGGUUAGUUUCCAUUCUAUAGGCUGAGCUCCCCUCCUUUCCACACUCUUUUCCCAUCUUUUCGAUUUCAUUGUAUUUCCUAGUUGGUGUUUUUUUUUUCCCUUCUGAGUCAUUUCUUGUUGGUGUUUCUAUUUCUUGUUUGUCGGAAUUUGGUUUCAGUAAUUAGUUUUAUUAUAGUUUUGUGGUCGAAUCCA